AUGCAAUCUAGAGUCCUCGGUGAUCCACAGGCGCAGAAGCCUGUUCCUCCAGAACAUCAACACACGGUCCCAGAUCCAGAUCUUCUUGGGUCUAUCGUCGAGAAAUACCGCCCAGACAUGGCUUUGUACGAAGCCUUCUACCGCCAGGUCCACCAAGACCCCGAAAUUUCAGGCAUGGAGGCUAAGACUGCCUCGAUCGUUGCCAGCCAUCUGGAGAGACUUGGGUUCGAAGUGCAUACAGGCAUUGGCGGGCACGGGGUCGCUGGAGUUUACCGGAAUGGUCAUGGGAAGACAUUGCUCAUGCGAGCCGAACUGGACGCGCUCCCCAUCCUCGAACAGACGGACGUCCCUUACAAAAGCACAAAGCGGAUGAUUGACCGCUACGGCAAUGAGAGGCCGGUCAUGCACGCCUGUGGUCACGACAUGAACAUGGCCACCCUUCUUGCUGCUCUGGAUCUUCUCCGGGCGGCGGCGGAUAGAUGGAGCGGCACCGUGAUUGCCCUCUUCCAGCCUGACGAAGAAGAGACAGGCGGAGCACAGGCCAUGGUGGAUGACGGCCUGUAUUCAAAAGUCCCAGUACCGGACCUGAUGCUUGGCCAGCACGUCGUUCCCUCCAGAGCCGGCACCGUCGCAAUCCGUUCUGGGCCAAUCCUCGUCGCUGCAGACUCUGCCAACGUCAGGAUUGUCGGCGGCCCCUGUCCGGGAGUCAACCCGCAGCUAUGUGUCGACCCCAUCGGUCUCGCAAUGAGCAUAAUACCCACCCUAGAAGAUGCAGUACACCAAGAAAUCGGCCCUCAUGCCGACGCUACCGUUGCUUGCUGGGGCUUUCAUGCAGGCAUUCCAGGCAAUGACUACGUCGCAUAUGCCGACUUCCUACUUGACAUCAAGACCGUCGAGCCUGACAUACGACAAAGGGCCCUCUCUGUGAUCGAGGCGCGGAUCCGCGAAGAAUGCAAGAAGGCCAACGUACCCGAGGAUCCUGUGGUGAACUUUACAGUCCGCGCACCACUCACCAGCAACGAUGCUUUGAUUUCCGGCCCAGUCAGCCAGGUGUUCCGGAACCAUUUCAAGGAGGAUGCGGUAGAGAUGAAGUUUACCCGCGCAUGCGAGGACUUCUCGACCCUUGGAAGCAGCCACAAUGUGCCGUACGCGUACUGGAACUUUGGAGGCAGUCAGGAGACGGCGGGAGACAUUCCUACCAACCACUCACCUUUCUUCGCGCCCGCAGUUCAGCCCACUCUGCAAGUUGGCGCUGAUGCGAUGGCGCUUGCUGCUUUGACUUUCCUCUCGCAGAUCCUACGACGCCGAAUCGAACGGACCAUGUCGAACCCGGGCGCAACGGCCCAGCUUCUUAUGCUGGGCCCGGUUCACCACGCAAAGGCGGAGUUCGAACAGCUCACAAAGGAAUUCAAGACUAUACACCUCACUAGUGGCACCCGCGAGCAGUUUCUCGACGAUUGCGCCAAUGGCGGCGUCUACGACGGAGUCGUGGCGAUAUCGCGUACCGCAGACUCGGCAGCAUUCACCGGUCUCUUCGACGCCGAACUCAUCACCCGGCUGCCCAGCUCGGUCAAGUUCAUCUCCCACAACGGAGCAGGGUACGACCAGAUAAACGUGCCCGAGUGCACCAAGAGAGGCAUCCAGGUCUCCAACACCCCGGACGUCGUCAACGACGCCACGGCCGACACCGCGCUUCUCCUGCUCCUCGCUGCGCUCCGCAAGGCGUGGAUCCCCCAGUCGACCAUCCGCAGGGGCACCUGGGACCAAGGCAGGCCCAUGGGCCGCGACCCGGCCGGUCUGACCUUGGGCGUGCUGGGACUGGGCGGCAUCGGCGUCGCCACGGCCAAGCGGGCGGCGGCGUUCGGCAUGAAGAUCCAGUACCACAACCGGUCGCCGAGGGGGGACCUGGCCGAGCAUUUCGCGGCCGGCCCUAGCCCCCAGUACGUCGGCUUCGAAGAGCUCCUGCGGACCAGCGACGUCGUGUCGGUGCACCUGCCGCUCUCGCCGGCUACGAGGCACACGAUCGGGGCCAAGGAGAUCGAUAUGAUGAAGCAAGACGUGGUCAUCAUCAACACGGCGCGAGGACCCGUCAUCGACGAGGAGGCGCUGGUCCAGGGGCUGGACUCGGGCAAGGUCUGGAGCGCUGGGCUUGACGUCUUUGAGAAGGAGCCCGAAGUCCAUCCUGGACUGCUGGGCAACAACAAUGUCAUCCUGCUGCCGCAUAUUGGGACAGCGACUGUGGAUACUCGGAAACGGAUGGAAAUUCUCGUGGUUGACAACGUGCGGAGCGCUUUGUCACAGGGUAAGCUGCUGACACAAGUUUCGGAACAGAGGUCUGGUCGAGCACAAUAA